CCAACCGGAAACUUCAUUGUUAUUGGCGUGUGCGCUGCGGACUAUGUUGCUGGAUAACCGUGUCCCUGUUGUUGCGCUAACAUUGCUGGCCGCCGUGUUCUGCGCUGAUUUUGCCCAAGAAACUGUCGUGUACCCAGAAAUCCUUCAAGGCAGGGCGGAUGAUGGCGCAACAAUACUCAAACUCACCGAUGAUUUGACACUAAAUCUCCGACAGAAGCCAGCUUACGGGGAUCAAUUGCUCCUAAGGACCACACGUGAAGACGGCGUUCUUGUCAGCGAAUAUGUAUCUGCAGCCCGGUACAACGACAGGCUCUUCCAAGACGACAAAAAGAUGGCGUCUGUUGUUCUCACACAAGGCGGCGGGAUUCAAGUGAACGGAAUCAUCGGAGAGGAGCUGCGAAUCAAACCCCUGCCCACAAUGGAACGAUCGUCAGAAGGACACUUACCACAUCUAUUGUACCGUGGCGAUCCAGUUGAUAGUUAUACGCCGUUGCAAGAUUACAUUCCAGUUCCUCUCAACCAGUGGGAUGCGUUGCCCCUCCACGAAGACGUUUACGAAGAACGCAAUGAUCUGACGCUUGAUCCAGAGGUUCACGUCGUCUUCGAUUCGACAUAUGUGAAGCAGUACAACUACAAUACGAAUGAUAUUAUCGUUUACUUCGGAGCCGCCCUGAAUUCUAUUAAUCUGCGAUAUAAAACAAUCGAGUCAAUAAAAAUAACAAUACGUGUCGUUGGGUUUACAUUUAAUCACGACGUUCUCGAUGAGCCGUACAUACGGCGAGUCCGGGGUACUACGGUAGGCGACUUUACCUCAACACUGUACAGCUUUGGGAACCAUUACAGGGUCAAGCAGCCAGAGUUGUUCGAGCAAGUGGAUUUGAUGGCAUUGAUCACAGGGAGAGACCUGUGUGCCGUAUUGAACAACAGGAUCCUAUGCAACGCGAACGGUCUGGCCUACAUAGGUGGGGCGUGCGGGAACCAGAAGACAUCUGUAGUAGAAGACACGCCGUGGUCUUUCGACGUCGUCCGCACAAUGGCGCACGAGUUAGCGCACAACUUAGGCUGCGUUCAUGACGGGCAAGGACCAAGACAAGAUCUCAUCGGUCAUCCCGGAGCCAUUGACUGCCCCUGGGACUGGGGUUACAUCAUGAGUUAUAUUCAGAGAGACACAAAGGAAUACCACUUCUCCCCGUGCUGCGUUGCUCAGAUCGAAUACUUAGCCCGGCUGCCUUCACGGAGAUGUUUGUCCAGGAACAACACAUACAUGGAGGUGGAGGGAUCCCGAAAACUGCCUGGGUUUAUAACAACGCUGGACAGGAUAUGCAACAUCGCUCAUGCUAAGUCCGGGUACCCCCAUGUUUAUGACAGGACUAGAGAGUUCGACAGAUGUUGGAUUCCGUGCAAGAUGCAGCACGAUCAUUCGGGAUAUUAUCAGAGAAGGGCGAAAGCAGUCGACGGCACAAAUUGCUCAUCAACCGGCGACAUGAUAUGCAAACGUGGAGAAUGUGUGCCUCGAAUGAAAACGGGGAAUCGACGACGUCCUAGGUCUACUAAAGCGCAACACAAAUAAAGGAUGUUAAACUCUG